AAAAAAAAAAAUCCACAUUCAUUUAUUUCCAUUGUGUAGUGACAUGAUUUUACCAGUUUGAUCUUUUUUUUUUUUUUUCUGGAGGUGAGAGAUUGUGAUAAGCCAAAUGUGAAAGAGAUCUGCCGAGCAAGUAUCUCCUAAAAUCACAACUUUUCUUGAGGCUCUGUUUUCGAUGUAUAUCUCUAAAAUUUAUUUUGACCAGUGAAAUUCAAUCCAACCUCAAUUCAUUCCCUUCCAUACAUCAAAGAUUUGGUUGUAAGUACCCAAAAAUAUUGUUGUUUUAUACAUUUUCUUCAAAGAAAUAUAAAUCCACCAACCAUUGCCUUGCAGGGUCUCACCCUCUGUUGCGCAGUCUCUCUUUCGCCUACUCACCCACCACCCAUCAUCACCACCACCACCAACAGCAGAUUGAAUCUCUACCCUGGUUGUAAAUACUUCUGCUAAUAUAGAAUCCUUUCACAAUACACAUAUAUAGAAACAAAGUACCCCUCAACAACCCAUUGUCACCCACAUACUAAUUGAGCUCAUGGAACAAUAAAAAAACAUACAGAGUAGCAAGAAGAAAAGCUAAAGCUUUCUCUGUGAAAACCCAGAAAGGUCAAGUACUUCCUCAAUAUAUGUGAAUAAAUGGAACGAGCGCGGAGGCUUGCGAACCGGGCAAUUCUGAAACGCAUCGUUUCAGAUGCUAAGCAACAGAGAGGGAAUGAAUUGUUGUCCAGUUCUUCCUCACCCUUAUUGUGUUCGACUUCAAGGUAUGUUUCUUCAUUGUCUCGAUACCCAUUUCAUGGAAAAAAUAGUGGUAGAUCAGAUGUGAUAAUGGGAAGAAAUGGAUUAUACAAUAAUGGGUUUGGUGGUAUUGGGUCUCAAAUUCGAUCUAUUUCGGUUGAAGCAUUGAAACCCAGUGAUAGUUUUCCUCGCCGACAUAACUCUGCAACCCCUGAAGAACAAACUAAAAUGGCUAAGUUUUGUGGGUACUCGAGUCUUGAUUCACUCAUUGAUGCCACUGUGCCUAAAUCAAUUCGAAUUGAAUCAAUGAAGUUGCCAAAGUUUGAUGGGGGUUUGAAAGAAUCACAAAUGAUUGAGCAUAUGACAAGGUUGGCUUCUAUGAACAAGGUUUACAAGUCAUUUAUUGGGAUGGGUUAUUAUAACACGUUUGUUCCACCUGUUAUUUUGAGGAACAUCAUGGAAAAUCCUGGUUGGUACACUCAGUACACUCCUUACCAGGCUGAGAUUGCGCAGGGACGUCUCGAGUCUCUGCUUAAUUAUCAGACCGUAAUUACAGAUCUUACUGGUUUACCCAUGUCGAACGCCUCAUUACUUGAUGAAGGAACUGCUGCUGCUGAGGCAAUGGCGAUGUGUAGUCAUAUUCAGAAGGGGAAGAAAAAAACUUUUAUUAUUGCCGGUAACUGUCACCCUCAAACAAUUGAUGUUUGUAAGACUAGAGCUGAUGGUUUUGAUAUUAAUGUAAUCACGGCUGAUCUCAAGGACUUUGAUUACAAAUCGGGUGAUGUUUGUGGGGUACUAGUUCAAUAUCCAGGCACUGAGGGUGAAGUUUUGGAUUAUAGCGAGUUUGUUAAAAAUGCACAUGCAAACGGGGUUAAGGUUGUUAUGGCAACUGAUUUGCUAGCGUUGACGAUGUUGAAGCCCCCUGGUGAAUUUGGGGCAGAUAUUGUUGUUGGGUCGGCCCAGAGGUUUGGAGUUCCAAUGGGGUAUGGAGGUCCUCAUGCAGCAUUCCUGGCCACAUCCCAAGAGUACAAGAGGAUGAUGCCUGGAAGAAUUAUUGGUGUUAGUGUUGAUUCUUCAGGAAAGCCUGCUUUACGUAUGGCUAUGCAGACAAGAGAGCAACAUAUCCGUAGGGACAAGGCUACCAGCAAUAUCUGCACUGCCCAGGCACUGCUUGCCAACAUGGCUGCUAUGUAUGCCAUCUACCAUGGCCCUGAAGGCCUUAAAACAAUUUCCCAACGUGUCCAUGGUCUUGCUGGGACAUUUGCAGUUGGAAUUAAGAAGCUUGGAACAGUAGAAGUGCAAGGGCUUCCUUUCUUUGACACUGUGAAGAUUAAAUGUGCCGAUUCACUGGCAAUAGCUGAAGCUGCUUAUAAGAAUGAGAUGAAUCUGCGGAUUGUGGACAAAAGCACUAUUACAGUUUCUUUUGAUGAAACAACCACCUUAGAGGAUGUGGAUAAGCUAUUUAAAGUUUUUUCAUGUGGCAAGCCUGUGACAUUCACUGCAGCUGCUCUUGCAUCAGAGGUUCACAGUGUGAUCCCUUCUGGGCUUGUAAGGCAGAGUCCAUAUCUAACACACCAAAUCUUCAACUCGUACCAUACGGAGCAUGAGUUGCUCAGAUAUAUACAUAAGCUGCAAUCGAAAGAUCUCUCGUUAUGCCACAGCAUGAUUCCCCUUGGAUCUUGUACAAUGAAGUUGAACGCAACCACAGAGAUGCUGCCAGUGACAUGGCCAGGCUUUACAGAUAUUCACCCUUUUGCUCCCACUGAACAGGCUGGGGGUUAUCAGGAAAUGUUCAAAGAUUUGGGCGAGCUGUUGUGUACCAUCACUGGAUUUGAUUCCUUCUCUUUGCAACCCAAUGCUGGUGCUGCUGGCGAGUAUGCUGGUCUGAUGGUUAUCCGUGCAUAUCAUCUGUCAAGGGGAGACCAUCACCGCAAUGUCUGCAUCAUACCUGUCUCUGCACAUGGAACAAAUCCUGCUAGUGCUGCUAUGUGUGGGAUGAAAAUUGUUGUUGUUGGUUCUGAUGCCAAGGGAAAUAUUAACAUUGAAGAGUUACGGAAGGCUGCUGAAACAAAUAAGGACAAUUUAUCUGCUCUUAUGGUUACGUAUCCUUCAACUCAUGGAGUCUAUGAAGAAGGUAUUGAUGAGAUAUGUAAGAUAAUUCAUGACAACGGUGGUCAGGUUUACAUGGAUGGAGCCAACAUGAAUGCACAGGUUGGUCUGACAAGCCCAGGAUUUAUUGGUGCUGAUGUUUGCCACCUGAAUCUCCACAAAACAUUCUGCAUUCCUCAUGGUGGUGGUGGCCCUGGCAUGGGUCCCAUUGGUGUGAAGAAGCACCUGGCCCCAUUUCUGCCAUCACAUCCUGUGGUAUCCACUGGAGGUAUACCUGCCCCUGACAAGAUUCAGCCACUUGGCACCAUUUCUGCUGCACCUUGGGGCUCUGCGCUUAUUUUGCCAAUAUCAUAUACAUACAUCGCCAUGAUGGGGUCUAAGGGGCUUACGGAUGCAUCAAGGAUUGCAAUAUUGAAUGCAAACUACAUGGCUAAACGUUUGGAGGAACAUUAUCCCAUACUUUUCCGUGGUGUCAAUGGAACAGUCGCCCAUGAAUUCAUUGUUGAUUUAAGGGGCUUUAAGAAUACCGCUGGUGUAGAACCUGAAGAUGUCGCGAAACGUCUUAUGGAUUAUGGAUUUCAUGGACCAACAAUGUCAUGGCCAGUUCCAGGGACGCUCAUGAUUGAACCAACUGAAAGUGAAAGCAAGGCAGAGUUAGACAGGUUUUGCGAUGCUCUGAUCUCUAUAAGAGAAGAAAUUGCUCAGAUUGAGAAAGGAAAAGCUGAUAUUAACAACAAUGUUCUGAAGGGAGCUCCUCAUCCACCUUCACUGCUUAUGGCUGAUGCAUGGACAAAACCCUACUCUCGGGAAUAUGCUGCCUUCCCUGCCUCUUGGCUUCGAUCUGCCAAGUUCUGGCCAACCACAGGUCGUGUUGACAAUGUUUAUGGCGAUCGCAACCUCGUCUGCACCCUUCUGCCAGCAGCACAGGUUGUCGAAGAAGCUGCUGCAGCCACAGCUUAAGCUUUAGCACUGCACGUGGCAAGGUUCCGUCAAGAACAUAACACCAUCUCUUCUUCAUCCUCUUGUUGUACAUAAAAUUUCCAUAUCCGUGUACUUCUUUACAGCUGCUGACUCGUUUUCAUAAUACGUUGAUGAUCAGCUGUUUUAAUUUCAGUUUUCAAUUAUUAAAAUUAUCAAUGUUUCAUCUUUCUGCAUUUUUAUUGAUAGCAAUCAUAACUUGAAGAGGAGUGGGUGAGAUUCAAACCCAUGACCUUUAGGUCCAAUGGCGGGGUGUUGGCCAAUAAGCCAACCACUGAAUCCUCCACAAGUUAUGUUGACAUGCCACAUCAGUGGUACAGUAAAAAAUGUAAGAAAUUUGUAUGUUUUUGUAGUAUUACUCUUGGAAAGAAAUAUACUUUCUACUACUGCAAUUCCAUUUUUUUUCUUUCAA